UUGUUUUUCUUGUUUUGGGGUUGUGUUGCAAAGAUGAAUGAUCCAAAGUAUGCUUAUCCGUACCCUCCUCCUCGUCUUGAUGCCCCGCCUGAACCAGUAAUUCCAUCUGGAUCGACGGACUUGGGCGGUUUUCCAGCCUCCAACACGACCCAAGAACACUUGGGAGCCCAAGUUCCGCCGCCUUCUGAAUCAAUGAUUCAAAUUCUCAAUCAUUUUGAUGCAGCUGCUGCCACCACCGCCGAGCCUUCUAAAUCAGUAGCCCAAGCUCCUCCUCCUCCUCGUCUUGAUGCCCCACCUGAACCAGUUAUUCCACGCAAUGCUCAGCAACAAGACCUAGAAUUGCCAAAGCUAGUUGUAGCGUUCUGCUUGACAGCAACUUUUGAAAUCACCUUCCGAUCCAUCUAGACUCGUAAACACUACCCUAUAACCUUCCAAUUGCAGGGUCCCUUAAUGGUGUUUACACUCGCUUUUCUCGUUGUUGCUAAAUACAUCGUUGCCAAUUACCCAAAACCAAGCCGCUUGCUUGAGCACGCUGGACUACUUUAUGGAGUUACCGCUUUCUUUGUGGCCAUCACCGUCUCUUUCCCCCUCUGCCUCAAACUCAUUUCCUGGAUCGUAUAUGCUCUUUUGCUUGCCAUUUCCAUCUGCUAAAUACAUUGUUGCCAACUACCCAAAACCAGGCUGCUUGCUUGAGCACGCUGGACUACUCUGUGGAGUUACUGCUUUCUUUGUGGCCAUCACCGUCUCUUUCCCCCUCUGCCUCAAGCUCAUUUCCUGGAUCGUGUAUGCUCUUUCAUUGCUUGCCAUU